CAACAGCGUCAUUCAUCGGAACAAACGUGAAUCAUCGACGAUAUCCCGCCAAAACGUAAGCAGAGUAAACAAUCGAAUCGUAAUACUAUUUUGGCUGACAUGGAGCAUAAUGGAAAUGGAGAUACCGUCCAAAUACACGACGAACAUCAGUAUUUAAAUUUGAUCAAGCACAUCCUCGCCAACGGUAAACAAAGAGAUGAUCGCACAGGCGUUGGAACUGUCUCGGUGUUCGGUGGCCAAAUGCGUUUCAGCCUACGAAAUCAAACUUUUCCGCUGCUGACGACGAAAAAGGUGUUCUUCCGGGGCAUAGCCGAAGAGCUCCUGUGGUUUAUCAGAGGUAGUACAGAUGCUAAGGAACUUCAAGCGAAAAAUGUCCGGAUAUGGGAUGGUAACAGCACUAGAGAAUUUCUCGACAAAUCUGGAUUUACCGAUCGUGAAGAAGGCGACCUUGGUCCGAUUUAUGGAUUCCAAUGGCGUCAUUUCGGUGCUAAAUACGGUACGUGUAACGAUGACUACACCGGACAAGGAGUCGAUCAGCUAAAUGAUGUUAUCAAACGGAUACGCGAUAAUCCGAACGAUCGACGAAUUAUAAUGUGUGCAUGGAAUCCAAUCGAUCUACCGAAUAUGGCAUUGCCUCCAUGCCACUGUUUGGUGCAAUUCUAUGUGGCCGAUGGCGAACUAUCAUGUCAAUUGUAUCAACGUUCUGCCGAUAUGGGACUUGGUGUUCCGUUUAACAUUGCAAGCUAUGCCCUACUAACGCACAUGAUCGCCCAUAUCACUGGAUUGAAGGCUGGUGAUUUUGUACAUACAUUGGGUGACGCACACGUCUAUUUGAAUCACAUUGAACCACUUCAAGAACAGCUGAAACGAGAACCGAAACCAUUUCCAGUAUUGAAUUUUAAGCGAACCGUUACGUCGAUUGAAGAUUUCAAAUUCGAGGAUUUUGAAAUUCAGAACUAUGUUUCUCAUCCGGCUGUUAAAAUGGACAUGGCAAUUUGAAUAAAUUUAUUUGUAUUUGAUCUGAAACAGUCUGGAAUAAAGCUCCGAAAUGACU